AUGCUGGUCAAUCAGCCAAAUUGGGACUACUCCCUUGUAAACAAAAAGAGUAAAGAAAGACCAACGCCACUUCAUGAGGCAGCAAAAAAUGGUCACGAGAAAAUCAUCUCGAUAUUGCUUGAUAGAGGUGCCAAAGUCGAUGAGAGGGACGAAAAACGGAGAGUGCCACUCCAUGAAGCAGCUGCUGGUGGGCAUACUGGGAUCGUGUCUCUUCUACUCCAUAAAGGCGCCAAAGUCGACGAGAUGGACGAGGCAGGGAGAGUGCCACUCCAUGAAGCGGCUGCCGGUGGGCGCAACACGGUCAUCGAAAUUCUACUCGCAGGCAUUAAUAUCAAAGACAAGGAGGGCCGCACUCCACUACACCAUGCAGCAAAGGAAGGGCACCUUCCCUCAGUAUCGGUCCUUCUGAGCCACGGUGCUUGGGCGGAUGUGCCUGACAACGACGAGCGGACGCCGCUCUACUUGGCGGCCAUACAUGGCCGGCUCGAAGCCGUGCAGAAACUCUUAAGCGAGGACGCCGAUUUCAGAAAAACUGAUAUCGAAGGGCGUGGUAUUAGCGCGGUGCUAAAGGAGAUCUCUGAUGAGAACUUCAGCGAGGAGGUCAAGGAGCAGCUGUCCCAGAUCAAGAAAUUAUUUGAGGGUUUAAGUCGGUCACCUGAACUAUAUACAGAAUCAAUAUGUGGUAACGAGGCCGUCGACAGCCAAUUCAGCUGCGCAAUCAUUAAAUUUGCUUCGGGAAUUUUUCAGCGCCAGAGAAAAAACAGCGAACCUAGUAUCGACAAAGUUAUCAGCGGUCAAGAGGAAAUAUUUGGCCCCAGAAUGGAAGAGAAUGAUGUGCGGUUUCGAUGGUUGCAUCUUCCCGUGAACAAUGUAAGUUCUACAGGUUCCCAUGACACUGACAUAACUAACGUUUCCGAAUCCUAG